GCGACCGCCGCCACUUUUUCGGACCGCGAAGAGCCUCACUAGAGCGCUGUGCGUCUCCCCGACGCAAGCCCGGGAGCCCGUUUUCCUGAGUAAGAGUCCGUCGGCCGCAGUAUCUACAAAAUGGCUGAUAAUUUGGAUGAAUUUAUUGAAGAGCGAAAAGCCAAACUGGCCAGAGACAAAGCAGAAUUGGAAAGUGAUCCACCUUACAUGGAAAUGAAGGGAACAGCAUCAGAGAAGCUUUCUGAAAACAGUAAAAUAUUAAUCUCCAUGGCUAAGGAAAACAUACCACCAAACAGUCAACAGACCAAGGGUUCCUUAGGAAUUGAUUAUGGAUUAAGUUUACCACUUGGGGAAGACUAUGAACGGAAGAAACAUAAACUGAAAGAAGAAUUGCGGCAAGAUUACAGACGCUAUCUUACUCAGAAAAAUUUUCUAUCCACGAGUGAAACAGAUACAUCUACUCUGGGAGUUUCUCUUCCUAUUGGUGAGAGGUUAUCUGCCAAGGAAAGGUUGAAACUUGAACGCAACAAAGAAUACAAUCAAUUUCUCAGGGAUAAGGAAGAAUGCACGGAAAAGUUCAGACAGGUAGAAAAGAGUACUGAGCACAAGAAUCAAAGAAGUAAAAAACCUAUUAGUCAGGUUAAACCUGAUUUACCUUCACAAAUGCAGUCAUCUUGGGAAAAUUCAGAGGGUCCUAGGAAAGAUGUCUUAACUCCUUCAGAGGCAUAUGAAGAGCUUCUAAACCAAAGACGACUAGAAGAAGACAGAUACCGAAAACUAGAUGAUGAAAUUGAAUUAAGGAAUAAUAGAAGAGUCAUUAAAAAAACUAAUGAAGAAGUGGCCAUUUCCAAUAAAAAACAGCAGAGGUUUGUCAGCAAGACUGACAUUCCAGAUAGAAGAUUUCACAGGUUUAAUGAGGAUCGUGCUUUUGAUAAACAGUAUUAUAGACCAGGCCAAGAUCCUGAAGUAAGUGAAGAAAUGGACGAAAGGUUUAGAUAUGAAAGUGAUUUUGAUAGAAGACUUUUGAGAGUGUAUACAAGUGACAGGAUGUACGGGAACAGACGAGGGAAUGUGCCUCCUAUGGAGUAUGGUGGUGAUGUCACAGAACAGUCAAACAUACGAAUUUCAUCUGCUGGAAAUCAAAGCACUCGAGACAAUGAACCAUCCAAACCUGCUAAUCGAGAGAUGUGUAGUCCUUUUGCGGGGAUGCUCUUUGGAGGUGAAGAUCGAGAACUUAUUCAGAGAAGGAAAGAGAAAUAUAGACAAGAACUAUUGGAACAAAUGGCUGAACAACAGAAGAACAAGAGACGAGAAAAAGAUUUGGAUCUCAGGGUUGCAGCUUCUGGAGCACAAGACCCUGAGAAAUCGCCUGAUAGACUAAAGCAGUUUAGUGUGACACCAAGACACUUCGAAGAGACGACACCACCUGAAAGACCCAGAGUAGCUUUCCAGACACCUCUCCCUCCUUUGUCUGCCCCAUCUGUCCCACCCAUCCCAUCAGUUUACUCCAUCCCAUCUCAAAAUGAAGAUUUGCACAAUGGACUCAGCAGCACCCUUGGUGAAAUGGUGCCUCCCAGCAUUGCAGCUCUGCCUCCACCUCCCCUACUACCACCUUUGGCUACCAACUAUCGAACUCCUUACGAUGAUGCGUACUAUUUUUAUGGGGCCAGGAAUACGUUGGAUCCUAGUCUUGCUUACUAUGGUUCAGGAAUGAUGGGAGUACAGCCUGCAGCUUAUGUUACAGCUCCUGUCACCCACCAGCCAGCACAGCCUAUUGUGAGUACAGUUGGACAGAAUGAACUGAAAAUUACAAGUGAUCGAGCAAUAAAUUCAGGAUUGUUUUUUGAAGAUAAACCAAAGCCUUCAAAACAGUCACUUCAGUCUUACCAAGAAGCUUUGCAGCAGCAGAUUCGAGAAAGAGAAGAAAGAAGAAAGAAAGAACGAGAAGAAAAAGAAGAAUAUGAAGCUAAAUUAGAAGCUGAAAUGAGAAGUUAUAACCCCUGGGGGAAAGGUGGAGGUGGUGCUCCUCUGAGAGAUGCAAAAGGAAAUCUGAUAACUGAUUUGAAUAGGAUGCACAGACAAAAUAUAGAUGCCUACCAUAAUCCAGAUGCAAGAACAUAUGAAGAUAAAAGGGCUGUUGUAUCUCUAGACCAAAAUUUAGCCACUUCAAAUGCUGAGAACCUAGAAGAUUCUGCAAAUAAAAACUCAGGUCAUAUGCAAACACAGAGCUCUCCUUUUGCUCGGGGAAAUAUUUUUGGUGAGCCUCCAACUGAACUUCAGAUUAAACAGCAGGAAUUAUACAAGAAUUUUCUUCGUUUUCAGAUUGAGGAAAAGAAACAAAGAGAAGAAGCAGAACGAGAGAGAUUGAGAAUUGCCGAAGAAAAAGAAGAAAAACGGCUUGCAGAACAGAGAGCACGAAUUCAGCAAGAGUAUGAAGAGGAACAGGAAAAGAAAAGGGAGAAAGAGGAAGAGCAAAGGCUGAAAAAUGAAGAGCUUAUUCGGUUAGCUGAAGAAAGACGAAAAGAAGCAGAAAGAAAGAAGAAAGAAGAAGAAGAAAAACAUAACCUACAACUUCAGCACUACUAUGAAAGAGAAAAUAUAAUUGGUGAAGAAACAAAGCGCUUGAGACAGCCUUCUCCUGUAGUUCCUGCUCUUCAGAACAAGAUUGCAAGCAAACUCCAAAGACCUCCUUCAGUUGACAGCAUUAUAACUUCCUUUAUUCAAGAAAGUUCCGUGUCCAGGGCACAGUCUCCUCCGGUACCUGCCAGGAAAAAUCAGCUUCGUGCAGAAGAGGAGAAAAAAAAUGUAAUUAUGGAAUUAUCAGAAAUGAGAAAGCAGCUUCGUAGUGAAGAGCGGCGUCUGCAGGGACGGUUGCUGCACAUGGACAGUGAAGGCGAAGUUCAUAUAAGGCAAAGAGAAAGGAAUCCCAUGGAUGUAUUUGACAUGGCCAGACAUCGGUUACAGGCUCCAGUCAGAAGACAGUCACCUAAGGGCCUAGACACUACUACUUUUCGGAAUAUUCAUGACUUUAAUGAGCUGAAAGAUAGAGAUUCAGAAACACGAGUUGAUUUGAAAUUUAUGUACCCGGAUCCUCCAAGAGAUUAUCAUACCUUAGAUAUUCAGCAGCAAGCCUUGCUACGAGAGCAGCAGAAGAGACUGAAUAGAAUAAAAAUGCAGGAAGGUGCUGAAGUUGACUUGGAUGCUGUCCCAAGCACUAAAGUACGAGACCACAGAAUGCCCAGAGAUGACACUAAUGAUUUCUUGAAAAAUUCAUUACUGGAAUCUGAUAGUGCUUUUAUUGGUGCAUACGGCGAGACAUACCCUGGCGAGACAUACCCUGCCAUCGGCGAGACAUACCCUGCCAUCGGCGAGACAUAUCCUGCCAUCGGCGAGACGUAUCCUGCCAUCGAGGAUGACGCCCUCCCUCUGCCAUCACAGCUGCCCUCUGCGAGGGAGCGCAGGAGGAACAAACUGAAAGGACUCGACUUUGAUAACAGUCAUCCUAACAUACCACCAGAUGGUCUCUCUUUAAAAUCUGUAUCCAGUGUAAAUAUCGAUCAGCUUAGAAUGAGAAACGAGGAACGAAUGCGGAAACUGAAUGAACUUCAGAAUAAACCUGUUAAUACAGAUGAUGAGAGUUCACUGGUUGACCCUGAUGACAUCAUGAAGCACAUGGGUGACGACGGAUCGAACUCCGUAGCAACUGAGCCCUGGCUCCGCCCGGGCACCUCAGAAACGCUGAAACGAUUCAUGGCGGAGCAGCUGAGGCAGGAGCAGCAGCAGGUUCCUGUAAAACCAGGCGCUUCCACUUGGCAGGGCCUGUCUACUGCACAUGGUUAAAACACACCUGUACUGGGCCCAGCAGUGCCUUUUCAGGUGAAAGGAAUGUGAAAUCUGAACCUUAAUGAUAUGUGCUACUUUUGGCCCAUACUUGGCAGUUACUUAUGUUCCACCUGUAUAUAAGGUGUAUUUUUUCCAUGAUGAUGUAUAUGAUGUAUAGUAUGUACAUAAAUAAA